AUGAAGGUGCGCCGCAGGGUGGCAUGCCCAACGAAGCUGGCGCUGCCCACAGGGGAUUACCGGCUCUACGGCGUGGUCAGCCACGUGGGAAGCGGCCUCUCGUCCGGGCACUACGUGGCCGCGGUGCAGAGCCUCCGGGACGGCGUCUGGUACGAGUGCGACGACACGCAGACAUACAACCACUUCCGCGGACAGAUGAUCGACAAGGGGUGA